AAGUUUUUCAUGUAGAGCCAACACUAUCAAGUGGAUGGCACUAAAUUAGAAUUAAUGAUUUUCUGAGUUCCAUCUAAUUAUAAAUAACCCUUUAUCUGUAUGUGUAGUUCAUAAUGUGUUGGAAAUCUUUGAUUUAUCACCUUUGUAACCAUUUUCUGUCCAGUUGUGUUUGUUGUGUAAGUCGGCCCCAGAGCUUCGUGCCUGUGUUUCAGUCUCUGUUUGUUGUUCUUUCCUGUGUUUGUGUCUCUAUUGAUUUUGGCUGCAGAUCAUUCACACGAUGCCUGAAUGUGGCUUCACUAACAUUUAAGGGGAUGAAGCUUCAAUCGUCGCCUCAUUCUGCUCUGAGCUCGUCGUUUAACUCAACUUGUUGCAGGAUCUUCCUAAAACAUGUGCAUCAGACACUUUGGAUUUGCUUUUCUGCUUUGGUUUCCAGCAGAACUUCAUGGACAGAGUGAGGUUUGGUCCUGCACUGCUCCUGUACUGGACCAUGGUUUGUUAGAUCCAAAAGAAGAGACUUAUCUUCAUGGAGCAAAGCUGACCUACACCUGUAACAAUGGCCGUAAAGCAGCAGAUCAGGGCCGGUGGGCAACAAGCACAUGUAACAAUGGGACGUGGUCUCCUCCACCACAGUGUAUCAAUGAAAACGCCUGCAUUCCACCAAAUAUCCCCAAUGGAAAAUACACAGAAGCUCAGAACGGUUGGUAUGAAGAAGGAACAACUAUCAGCAUAACAUGUGACACAGGAUAUGAACACGCAAACAAGGACACGACAGCAACAUGUGUGACUGGAACGUGGUCGUCUGGUCCCAUCUGUCAGAGAUCUUCUAGCAGUUCUGGCUCCUCAGUGAGUGAGGUCCAAACGGUACCAAUUCGCAACUGUGGGAGAAAACCCAGCACUGAAAAUGGCGACUAUGUGGAAAGUGAUAAAAUGUUUCUAAAAUAUCAGUGCAACAGCUUUUACUCCCUGGUGGGUCCUAAAGUCGUGGUGUGUUACAGCAAUAACACAUGGUCAAAGGUUCCCACCUGCAAAGCUGCUUUCUGCGCCCUAAACACUGAGAACCAUCCUGUGCUAAAUGACGUUGGACUUAAAUAUAUUAAGAACGGUGAGACGGAAACAUUUAAAUGUAAGAAGCUGAAGUGGAGCUGGGUGACAGAUCAUUAUGCUGCGGUCCAGUGCACUGAUGGAGAAGUCCAGUUAGGCGAAUGUUGUGGCUGGUUUCAAAGAAAUUUGGAUACUUGCACCUAAGCUGCAUCAUAAAGGGGAAAGAGACACUGCAGAGAGUCUGACACCAGGAACCAGCCUGAAAAAAACAAUCUACAGUAUAAUUACUCUAUUAUUUGGCUUUUUACACCAAAUAUAGAAAUAAACUGUUUAUCUGUGUUCAAAGUCGAUACAAUUAUUAUUUGGAUCAAGUUAGUCACAGCCCGAAGCCAACCAGUUUGUUAUCCAUGAACUCACACAGUGUUUUGAUGUUUAGGAUUCUUCUGAGAUGAACUACACAUGUUCUCAAAUUCUGAUCUCUCCAUCAUUUCUUCUCUUUUUGUAUUAAAAACGCAACUUUUCUAAUUUCA